AUGCGCGGAUCCAAGGCAGGUGAAAAUAGACGUUUGGAUCAGCAAUGUUCAAAUUGGCGGGCCCCAAAAAGGUGCGAAGGCAUUUGGGAACACCAUCGUGCACAAAAGCGCGCGAGGGUGGCGCAACGGUGUGGCAGGGAAAACCCCUACCGGGAAAAAGGAAUUUACCGGGGCGCAGUCCAACCGCGAAGGCGUAAAAAAACAGCCCCUGGCGACAGCGCGUUUUGGAAACCGAGGGGCGCCACACACCUUCAAAGCGCCGAAGAAGAGGAAUUGGAAGGCCAAACCCCGCGCGUGGCGAACGCGGCGGCUGUGCGGGGGAGGUCCCUCGCCAGGGCCCCUUCCCCUCGAAAGGCGGCGCGCCAACCACCGCCGCGGCACAACAAGGGGCCGGCAAAUCCCCAAAACACCGGGGCCCCCCCCCCCCAAGGCCGGAGAGGAUCG